ACCAGCACUUCCCUGCCAGGUUUCCCUUCAGGUCCCCGCCCCUCCGCGUCCCGGGACCCGGCUCGGUUCGGAGCCGCGCACCUAGUGUUCGGGCAUGCCCCGCUACGAGCUGGCUUUGAUCCUGAAAGCCAUGCAGCGGCCAGAGACUGCUGCUGCUUUGAAACGGACAAUAGAAGCCCUGAUGGACAAAGGAGCCAUAGUGAGGAACUUGGAAAACCUGGGUGAGCGAGUACUUCCUUAUAAGAUCUUCGCCCACAGUCAGCAGCACAGGAAAGGCGGGUAUUUCUUGGUGGAUUUUUAUGCACCAACAACAGUUGUUGAUAGUGUAAUGGAGCAUUUGUCUCGAGAUGUCGAUGUGAUCAGACCAAAUGUUGUUAAACACCCUCUGACCCAGGAAGUAAAAGAGUGUGAAGGCAUUGUUCCAGUCCCGCUUGAGGAAAAAUUAUAUUCUACAAAGAAGAGGAAGUGAGGCGAUUGACUGGAUUUUAGUCUUCUAUUGAAUUGUCUGGGGCCUGAGCAGCAUGGAUGAAUAGUGAGAAGCUUGGCCUUUAUCUGGUGGUGGGGUGCGGGGGGGUGCAGGUGCCGAUGGCCUUCUUGUGAUUCCCUUUGCUGCAAGAGGCGGGAGAACUGCUCGCCCGCCGAGAGCUGCUCUGUAACCUGGGGUACCCACAGUAGGCCAUUUUUUAUUUCAUUUGCAUUAUGUAAUUUCAUGGUCAGUGAGAACUUUCUCCUUAAAACAAUAAUACAAUUUUGAAGAGCAAAACACAGAACUGGCUUGGAUUGUGAGCCAGUAAUUCAGAGUGAAGAGCCAUGCAAAAAUAAAAAUUGAAGACCCGUAUAUUUUGUGGACAACUUUUAUCAGGGGAAUAAACAUUUUACAAACUC